UUUAUGGGGAUGAAUUGUCUUUGGAAGAAAAUUUUUUUUAAAUUCCUUUAUUUUUUAAUAUGUGCUUCUUCCUUCUUUCUGUUCAUCCCAUCUUCAUUUUCAUCUUCCUUCUCUUCUUCACCUUAUUCUUCAUAUUUUCAUUGUCUUCUCCUUCCUUUCUCUUCCUUCCUCUUCUUUUUUAUUCUUCCCAUUCUUCAUUCUCUUCUUCAUCUUCUCCUUUCUUUUCUUCAUUUUCUUCCUCCUUCUCUUCAUCAUCUUCAUUUUCUUCCUCCUUCUCUUCAUCAUCUUCAUUUUCUUCCUCCUUCUCUUCAUCAUCUUCCUUUUCCUCGUCCUCCUUUUUCAUCCGUUGUUUCAUCUCCUUUCUUUUCUUUUUCCUUCACCUUCCAUCUCUUCAUCCAGUUUUAUUCAUCCUCACUUUCCUUUUCUUCCUUCCUCUUCCUUUUCUUAUUUGUAUUUUCAUUUUCUUUUUCAUCUUUUUCGUUCUCCUCUUCAUUUUCUUACUCCUUUUCCUCGUCCUUUCUUCGUCCUCUCCUUCUCUCUUCUUCAUCCUCUUAUCUUUUAUUCAUCAUCAGUUGCCUUCCUCUUCCCUCUGUUCUUCAUCCUCUUCCUUCUCUUCUCCUUCCUCUUCCUUUUCUUAUUCAUCAUAUUCUUCAGUUCUCUUCUUCACCUAAUUCUUAAUAUUUUUAUUGUCUUCUUCCUUUCUCUUCUUAUUCUUCCUAUUCUCCUUCCUCCUCUUCAUUUUCUUCCUCAUUUUCCUCGUUCUCUUUCUUAUUUUCCUUAUUCUUCCUUCUCUUAUCUUCUAUUCAUCAUCAGUUUCCUUUCCUCUUCCUUCUCUUCUUCAUCCUCUUCCUUUUUUUCUUCUUCUUCAAUUCAUCCCCAUAAAUUCCUUCCUUUUCCUUCCUCUUCCACACAUACCUGCCAGUUUUCACACUCAUUUUUUAG